AGAUAAAAAGACGAAAACCGUAAACCAUACUCCCUCAAUCAAUAAGAUCUGUUCCAGUAAUCAGAGAAUAUAUACAAUGGAAGGAGAGAUGGGAAUGGUAUCCUGCGCCGCCUGAGUAGCUAUCGUGCGCCAUGGGUGGGGAUGCUAACGGGAGUAGCAGCGGAGGGACUAUGACGGCGGAGGCUCAAUACGUGGCGGCCAAGACCUCUGUUUGGUGGGAUAUAGAGAACUGCCAUGUGCCCAAGGCUUCCGAUCCGCAUGCGAUCGCGCAGAAUAUAAGUUCGGCGCUGGCGAAGAUGAACUACUGCGGUCCGGUCUCUAUCUCCGCUUACGGCGACACCAAUCGUCUCCCCAAUACGGUCCAGAAAGCCCUAUCCAGCACCGGCAUCGCUCUCAAUCACGUCCCGACUGGGGUAAAAGAUGCGAGUGACAAGAAGAUUCUUGUUGAUAUGCUCUUUUGGGCUGUGGACAAUCCUGCUCCAGCAAAUUAUUUGCUGAUUUCCGGUGAUAGGGAUUUUUCUAAUGCUCUCCAUCAGUUGCGUAUGCGAAGAUAUAAUAUUCUAUUAGCGCAACCGCAGAAAGCAUCUGCACCUCUUAUUGCCGCGGCAAAGAACAUAUGGCUAUGGACAAGCCUAGUAGCUGGAGGACCCCCUCUUUCAAGUGGCGAAUCAUCACAACUUGUUGACAGCGAUGAUACUCAUAACCCUGUAACAUCGCAAAAUUCAUUGGCCGAACCUAUUAAACCAAGUGAACCAAUAUAUUUCAACUCCGAACACCUUUCAUUGGGGAACCAAAAGUCAUCUGUUAGUGGAAGAAUUGGUGACAAUAAUUCUACCGGGAAAAAUGCGCGCAAAACCCAUAGUUUUCCUAGCAUAUCAAGAGCCUCUAGUGCGCCAGUUGCAACCACAGUUCAAGAAGCCAAGGUCAACGAAUUCUCCUAUCAGCCCGAACAUUCACAGACAAAGCUAUUUAGAAAAGCCCCACAUGAAUUUUUUGGGAACAGUGACAAUUCUGUUUCCACAAGUCGGCCUGCUCCCAAUUUCCAUCCCGGUCAUUCUGACCAGUCAAGAAGUAACAGCAACAACUUUUUAGGUAACCCUCCUAAUCACUCUCCUUUUCCCUUAAGGCCGAAUAACCAACAUAUACCUACUUUUGCACCUCCGAAUUUUGAGAAUCGUGGUUUUCGUCCAGUGCCUUCAAGACCAGAUGUUCCUAGAUUCCCUUCAGGCCCAUUCACAGGUGUGCCUGAUGUUGGUAAGCUAAAUGUAUCUGAAUACCCCAAUUAUGCUCAAAAUCCAUCUAAUUUUCAUCAGCGAAUUGGAGAAGAGUUUAAAGCAGGCUCUAUUGAGUCGUCCAAUCCAGCUAGCUUAAAUAUACCACAGAAAGGCAAUAUCAUGCACAACAGCCAGGGAAUUCACCAAGAUAUGAACAAUCGGCAGUUUCACGGUGUUGAAUUUUCACGUCCUGCUUCGCAAGCAAUGGUAGCUAACACUGCUUCUAGUGAUGGUGUUUGGGGAGCUAAAGGACGCCCCCCGCCAUCUGAGUAUGUGCAAGGUCUUAUUGGAAUUGUUCUACUUGCCUUAAACACCCUGAAAACUGAAAAAAUGGUGCCUACUGAAGCAAACAUAACAGAGUGCAUUCGUUAUGGAGAUCCAAAGCACCGAAAUACAGAUGUAAAAAAGGCUCUGGAGAGCGCGAUCAAACAAAAUAUGGUGGUGAAGCAGAACUUAGGUUCACUGCAGCUGUAUGUUGGUAAACAUGAGAAAUUAUGGAAGUGCGUGAAUCCCAUUGGUGGCAAUCCUAAUGGGUAUCCAAAAGCAAUGUGGGAUGCAAUACAAAAUUUUCUUACUUCCUCAGCUGGAAGAUCUGCAAUUCUGUCUUCUCAAUGCAGAUAUGAAGCUGCUUUGGUUAUAAGGAAGGCGUGCUUGGAAGAGCAAGCUUUAGGCGAGGUACUCUUGAUCUUGAAUAUGGUAAUUGCGAUCAAGAAAUGGAUUAUACCUAAUCCAUCAGGGUGGCAACCAAUUGCUAUUACUCUUUCAGAGACUGACCCCGAGUAGUUACUGGAACUGGUGCUUGAUCUGCUGGAGAUUAGUUUCACAGCAGCUAAGUAGAUUGCGGAACUAUUAUCAUCAUCAAUCCUAAAACUAUUGUGGAUGGUCCUUUUAAAACAUUACUCAGUAAAGUAGGCAUCAGGUAUUCUGCUAUCCUCUGUCUUUGUUGUUUGGGGAGCUCUAAUUGACAUCUGAAGGGAAAAAGAGGAUUUAUCCUCAUCAUCAAUCCUAAAAUUGUUGUAGAUGGUCCUUUUGAAACAUCUCAGUAAAGUAGGUAUCAGGUAUUCCGCUGUCCUCUUUGUUUUUGUUGUUUGGGGAGCUCUGAUUGGCAUCUGAAGGGAAAAAGAGGAUUUAUAACUACCGAGAUGAAGCAUUAUACACUAUCACUACUGUAAUUUCCAUCGGCAGAGUUGUGUCAGUUAUUUUAUGCAAUGUAAAAUACCCUGAAGAAGUUGUUAGUACCUAGCUAAUGAGGCUUUUGUCUACUUCAAAUCAUCUACCAUUCGUCAAGACAUUUUGGUCCAUGCUGGAUGGAUAAGAAGUUACUAAGAGCCUUGUUUCUUACAGUUAAAUGUUAUGAGUAAGCCUCAGCUGGGAAAGAGUAACAAGAUUAUUUGUUUAUUGCAUGAAAGGAGAAGCCAGCAUGUAGUUGGGGGUUCUUUCAUUGGUCCUAUGUCAUUGGCAGUGUGCUGAGUAUUAACUUGUGCUUACUUGUCAUGCUAGACGACUCCUGGGUAUUUUGAUGUUGAGGCUGGGUGUAUACGCCAAACUUAACCGUACAGGUACUGGUAAAGAGGUUCUUACAAGGUUAUUGCUUGAGGGUGAAUUUGAUAGUUACCAUUCUGGAUGGGAAGAAAGUUUAUGGCUGAAAUAUAUUGCGACCAUGUACAAGUUCAAGGUUAAGUCUUGUCUGGGAGGUGAGUAACCUGUUAGGCAUACAUGGUUACUGGUUAGACACGUAUGCAUGUAUUCAUGGUUAGACACAAAUAAAUGUAUGGGGUAGAAAUGUGUACUGUAAUUGGUUGUUUGCUAGCAAUGACUGCUCUUUUUUCUACGUUUAGAACUCUAGAUAUUUUCUUGUAUUUGAAAUUUGGUUGUGGUAAGCAAAUUUCUUUGGGUUGCUGAUA